UGUCUACAGGCUUGUUAUGCUGCUGCCAGUGAGAAUGUCAUUGCUUCAUUUUCGUACACAUGACAAUAAAACACUCUUGACUCUCUCGCUUCUUGGAGACCAUCUUUCACCAUCCAUUUUAUUCAGAGAAGCUGCCCGACCCGCUGAGUUACUCCAGCACGUUGUGUCUAUCUCACCUGUUGGGUGGCUUUCCUCUUGGUGCUCCUGGGGCCAGGAGCAGAUUGGGGACGCGGAGGCCAGUGAUUCCUGGGCGAGGAAGGUGUGCGGGGGAUUGCAGACGGUGGAGGACGAGCCGGGGAGGCAGAGGCGGGACCUGAGCUUUCAUUCCAAUGAGCUCACUGGAGCCUGUGGGAGGAGAGCGACUCCCGACCAGACGGAGGGCGGCCGAAAAACAGGAAAGUUCCAGCCCCGACUCGACGACCUCUCAAAGUUUUGUUGUUUUUGUUAUAAAGUUGGGGCGAAUCCGACCGAAAGAACAGAUGCAUGCAAAAUGGAGCAUCAUAAAGACAAACUGCACCUUGGUGUUGACAGUGGACAGCAGAGGCAGAAGAAGGGAGACUCGGGUCUUUUAGAUUGCAGUUCUGCCCCCUUUUCAGUACAAGAUGAUGUAUACAAAAUGAAUGUCUCCAAAGGGGUAUCUAUGUCGCUUCCAUCUUCGCCUCUCCUGCCACGUCAGCCAUUUGCAAUGCAUGCAUGGACAGGCAAAAGGUCCCCAGGCCAGAUCAGGAAGCUGAAGUAUGUGGAAAGUCCUAAGGUACCAGGAGAUACAAUUGCCUCUGCAUUGACCAAGUUAGCAGAAAAAAGGGACCAUUCCCAACUUGGACACAAUGCAGAGUCGCAAAAAAGCAAUGAACGAAGUUCUUCCCCUGCUGCUCAAGAACUCAUGACAAGAUUGGGCUUUCUACUGGGUGAAGGAAUUCCAAGUACUGCUCGUCUGCCUGCAGAAGAGAAGAAUGAAAAAAUGAGAAUCAGUCCAUGUUCGACACUAACAAGCAGUACUGCAUCUCCAGGCACUGACAGCCCAUGCUCAACUCUGAAUAGUUCUAUCAGCAAGCCACCUCAAAACAAACCCAGUCCUUGUGGGACUACCACCAGCUUAAGCUCCACACUCGAAAGCAAGGACAGUGGCAUUAUAGCUACAGUAACCAGCUCAUCUGAAAAUGAGGAGAAAAGUGGUUCCAGUCUAGAAUGGAACAAAGAUGGAAGCAUGAAGGACUGUCUACAACUUGGUAUCACAAAGAAUUUAAGAGCUGAAAGGAGUUUGCCUGAAGCAGAAGAGGGUGCACACAGUUCGGCCUUAAGUCUGUCUAAAACAGAAGCCACUUUAGAUGGCCCUGUUGCUUAUUUGAACCAGUCUGUGCCACCAUACCUGAUGCCAAGACCUAAUUCAGUUGCUGCAACCAGCUCAGCAAAGUUGGAGGAUUUGAGUUAUCUGGAUGAAAGGAACACCCCACUGCGUACCUCUAUGAGGAUGCCGUGGCAUAACACAGCUGGAGGAAAAGUACAGCAAAAUAUAAAAGCACGAUUUACUCCCUACAAACCAGUUGAUAUUGUCUUAAAGCCAUUGUUGUUUGAAGUGCCAAGCAUCACUACAGAUUCAAUAUUUAUUGGUCGGGAUUGGCUGUUCCAGAAGAUAGAUGGGAAUUUUAAAAAUGAGCUGUCUCCAAUGAACAAAGGAACAAUAAUUGUUGGAAAUGUUGGAUUUGGGAAAACGGCCAUUAUUUCCAGACUGGUGGCACUGAGCUGUCAUGGAGGUCGAAUGAGACAAAUUGCAUCAAACAGCUCUAGUGCAUUCUCAAAAAAUGCGGACCCACAUCAGGAACCUGCGAUGAACCAGCCACUCCAAAUCUCUCCUCCCUAUCAAUGUACUGACACGUUGGGCAGUGAGAAUUAUCCUGGAACACCUGAGCUACAAAAGCAAAGGGAUGAAGCUUUGAAGAGACUUGCAGCUCAGGUUGUUGCCUAUCACUAUUGUCAGGCUGACAAUACUUACACGUGCCUUGUACCAGAAUUUGUCCACAGUAUAGCAGCUUUACUUUGUCGUGCACCACAACUGACAGCCUUCCGAGAAAUGUUACUGAAGGAAUCGUACCUUCAAAGUGUACUCAGUCUACGUUCCUGUGUCCAAGAUCCAAUUGCUGCGUUUCAGAGGGGUAUCUUGGAGCCACUUGCAAACCUGAUUAAGGAAAACAAGAUCUCUGCAGAGAACUACAUUAUUUUAGUAGAUGGCCUAAAUGAGGCUGAAUUCCACAAACCUGAUUAUGGAGAUACGAUUGCUUCUUUUAUCAUUAAAAUAAUUCCCAAGUUUCCAUCUUGGCUGAAGUUGGUUGUUACUGUAAGAACCAAUCUACAGGAUAUUGCACGCCUACUUCCAUUCUUCAAAAUGUCUCUGGAUGAUUUUCCAGAGAAUGAAGAUAUUAACAGGGAUCUGAAUGCAUUCAUCCAUCACAGAAUUAAUGGUAGUCACAGCAUACUCAGUAACAUCGCUUUGAGUGGAAAAACUGACACCAGUACAGUGAGCAAAGUUACCAAUCAUCUUAUCAUGCGAAGCCAAGGAUCUUAUCUGUAUUUGAAGCUGACUUUAGAUUUGUUUGAAAAAGGUCAUCUUGUCAUUAAGAGUACAAGCUACAAGGUAGUGCCUGUCUCCUUGUCAGAAUUAUACCUUCUGCAAUGCAACAUGAAGUUUCUAACACAAACUUCCUUUGAAAGGGCCCUCCCUGUGUUAAAUGUUGCCUUGGCAUCCCUUCAUCCAUUGACAGAUGAGCAGAUUUUCCAAACAAUAAAUGCUGGCUUUGUGAAGGGUGAAUUGGAAUGGGAUGAUUUCCAGCAAAGGAUGAAGGGCCUUUCAUGUUUUCUGAUCAAACGAAGGGACAAAACACGAAUGUUUUGUCAUCCAUCAUUUAGAGAGUGGCUGGUUUGGAGAGCAGAUGGUGAGAACAUGGAUUUUCUUUGCGACCCAAGGAGUGGGCAUGCACUUAUGGCAUUCAUGUUUUCUCGCCAAGAAGGAAAGCUAAAUCGACAACAGACUGUAGAAUUUGGCCAUCACAUACUGAAAGCACACAUCUUUAAGGGUCUGAGCAAGAAGACAGGCAUAUCUUCAAGUGUCCUUCAAGCCCUUUGGAUGAGUUAUAGCAGUAAUGGAUUGUCUGCUGCAUUUGCAUCCUUACGAAAUCUUUACACUCCCAAUGUGAAGGUGAGUCGGUUGUUAAUUUUGGGAGGAGCCAGCGUGAACUACCGAACUGAAGUGUUAAACAAUGCUCCCAUCCUUUGUGUUCAAUCACACCUUGGGCACCAGGAAAUGGUAAAUCUACUGCUUGAAUUUGGAGCUGGGGUUGAUCAGAUUUCUGAAAGCGGUGUUACAUCGUUAUGCCACGCUGCCGCUGCAGGACACCUGAAUAUUGUGAGUCUUCUAUGCAGGAAAGGAGCUAAGGUUGAUUACACAGAUAAAAAUGGCCAGUGCGCAUUGGUUCAUGCUGCUUUAAGAGGUCAUCAUGAAGUAAUUAAAUAUUUACUCAAAGCAGAUUGGACAUUAAGCAUACAGCACCAGCAAUCUUUCAAGAAAAGUCAAGCUCUUCAGCAAGCCCUGAUCGCAGCUGCAAGCAUGGGACACAGUGAAGUUGUGAAUAAUCUCCAUGCUUUUGAUGGUGAACAAAGAAUAGACAUAAAUAGCUUUGAUACACUUUGGGGUGAAACAGCUCUCACAGCAGCAGCAGGAAGGGGUAAAUUGGAAGUAUGUGAACUUCUUCUGCAACAAGGAGCUGUUGUAUCCCAUCCUAAUCGUAGGGGUAUUUCUCCAGUAUUUUGUGCAGCAAGACAGGGCCACUGGCAGAUUGCCGAACUAUUGUUUCGGCAUGGUGCUGAUGUGGACGCAACAGACAAGCAAGGUCGUACACCACUCAUGGUGGCUUCUUGUGAAGGACAUGUGAACACUGUUGAAUUUCUACUUUCAAAAGGUAAACUGAUGUCAAUCUUUAAUAUUGCAGUUGCAUUUUUCUUGGUAUUUAUAUUCCAUUUGGUUUUGAUCUUAGGUGCUUCCAUAUCUUCAGUAGAUAAGGAGGGAUUGACUCCUUUGAGUUGGUCUUGCCUGAAGGGGCAAAAAGCUGUGGUUCAGAUUUUGGUGGAGAAGGGUGCAUCUAUUGAUCACAUAGAUAAGAAUGGUCGCACUCCUCUAGACCUAGCUGCUUUUUAUGGCGAUGCUGACAUUGUUCAGUAUCUGGUGGAAAGAGGUGCCAUGAUUGAACACGUUGACCACAGUGGAAUGCGUCCAUUAGACAGAGCAAUCGGAUGCUGCAACACUUCAGUUGUGGUAAUGUUGCUUAAGAAAGGUGCAAAACUAGGUAAUGCUGCAUGGGCAAUGGCUACAUCCAAACCAGACAUUCUGAUAAUUUUAUUACAGAAACUAAUGGAAGAGGGCAACCUUCUUUAUAAGAAAGGAAAAAUGAAGGAGGCAGCCCAAAGAUACCAGUAUGCUCUAAGGAAAUUUCCAAGAGAAGGAUUUGGCGAUGAAGUAAAAUCUUUCAGAGAUCUGAAGAUUUCUCUUUACUUAAACUUGUCAAGAUGCCGGAGGAAAACCAAUGACUUUGGAAUGGCUGAGGAAUUUGCUUCUAAAGCACUGGAUUUAAAGCCAAAAUCAUAUGAAGCUUACUAUGCCAGAGGAAGAGCCAAAAGAAGCAGCAGACAAUUUGCUGGAGCUCUUGCAGAUCUACAAGAGGCUGCUAAGCUUUGCCCGGGCAACCGAGAAAUAAAGAGACUUCUUGCACGGAUUGAAGAGGAAUAUAAACAGGUGCAGCGAACACAACAGCAAAAACAACAAUUUCAGCAACCGCAGCAAAACAUUGAAUCUGAUAAUGAAGAAGAAUUAUUAAGCCAGCACCUUGAGAAUGCGCCACUUGAUGUUGGACUCGACGAGCUUGGUGCAUCUAAUGAAGUCAUGACCAUCUCAUCAAGGCCACAGCAAUGUCCAAACACAUUUAAAAAGUGUCCGCAAGAUAUAGUUUCUCAGAAAUUAAGACCGGCAUCACCUCAGAAUAAAUUGACACACAAGUAUCUCAGAGAACCACUCUCACAACAAGGAAUAGUUAUGCAACCACCGAAACAAGCUCAAAUUGUGAAAACAAACCAGCAUAUGAAUUUGGUACAGGCUGGAGGAAGAACAGCAGGUUACCAAUAUAGCAGUAAAACUCCACUCCCAACACAAUUUCCUCCAAUUCCUUUGCCAGGCAACAGAAAUGUACAACUGGAGCCUGCAAUUAAUAGUGGAAAUCAUUCUGGAACUUGUGGAGAAAGAGUGACCUCUGUUAGGUCUGUACAGCAGAAGCAUGAAGGACAAACAGCAACUGAGGUUUUUAUAAAUACAGGAAUACCAUCAGAAAUAAUACAUGUAGAGUCCCAGCAGAAAACAAAUUUACCAGAAAAUACAAGUCAAGUUAAAGAACUGGAUACAACCCAUCAAGGAUUUGUGACUUGCAUCUCUACACCAACGCAUGAACCAGUCAUGAAAGUUUCUGGUUCCACCACCAGUGUUGUCCCAAAUAGUAGCAUUCCUGGAGGGCAGACUCCAGAUCCAAUGCAGACAUCUGAUACUCAUGUCAAAAACAGUUUGGAAUGCACAAUAGAAAAAUCCAACCCAAACUUGAGUGGGACAGAUAGGCCAAGAACUACGCCAUUUAUGGGAGUUAUUGAUAAAAGAGUCAGAUCCCAACAACAUCUGCCCAGCGGUCAACAGAUUCGUACCUGGCACGACCAGUCCGCGGAUGCAUUAGUUGCAAAUUCUACCUCUAUUACUGGUGGUCAAAAUAUUCACUCUGAGGUGCAGCUUGCCAAAACUAUCAGUCCCUACCACGAUCCUAUGAAACUUCCAACUCCAGUCUCUGCUGGAACACUUCACAAUGGAAUGCAUUCCAAGCCCGGUCAAACAACCAUGAACAUUCAAGAACCCAGUAUAUCCGUGCCUGUUCCGCAUUCUUUACAAGAGAGUAUUUCUAAACCACAAUCUAACGUAGACCGAGACGUUCAUUCAAGUAACAUUAAUUCUGUCAAGCCAAAGCGAUCAUUUAUAGAAUCUAAUGUGUAAAAGUACCCAUUGGGCCAAAUAACACAAGCUGUCAACAAUUAUUAAUACACAUUUUUUUCCCCUCUCUACAUUAUAAUUCACUAGUGGAGUAUGCUGGCCCUGGUUACUGGUCAGUAUGAUGCUUAUCACCAAGGUUUGACUGUUACAUAACAACAUUGCAUGUUGAUUAUAUAAAAAAAAUAAGGUUUAACCAAGCUGGCUGUUGCACUGAAUUAUUUUAAUACAGCAUUUAACAAAAGAAUAACUGCACUUUAUGAAAGUACAAAUUAUAAAAUGCCUUAAAGUGCUUUUGCUGUAAUUUAUAAGUAUUUAUAUAGUAUGAAUUAGAUUAAUAUACAAUAUGCCAUCAUCAUUGUUAAUCAGCACAAAGGGAGUUAUUAAAAAUUGAAGCAGUUUUUAUCUCAGCCAUUUGUAAAUUUUAUAAGAGAUCCAGCUUUGAAAUGAAACAAGUCCUUCACUUGCAGAAAGGUUUAUGUAAUCUUAAAAUGAAGUACUCAUUUGUAAUCAGUGUUGCACACUAAUCAAAUUAUAACAUGUUAAUCAAAUAUAGUCAGUGUAAAUUUAAAUGUAAUGGUUUGUUAUCAAUUUAAGUACUAACUUUAUUUAUUGAAUUUGUUCCUGCUUAAGUAUUUGUAAAAGCAGACAUUUUACCUAGUUAUUUUUUGCACAACACGUGUAACUGUUUCAUUAUGACAUGCAUACAUUUUCAUUGCUGUUGCUGCUUAACUGUGGGAAGAAGGCAGUAGUUUGAAACAUUGGUUAAGUUUUGUAAUGACCUUCCAAUAUCGUUCAUGUAUCCUUUGCAACUCUGUUACAAAUAGAGAAAAACCGUUUCAUGUAUUGUUUGAUUGGUUCCUCACUGAAAGCCCAGGUUAAAAUAUGGCACAUUGAAGAAAAAAAAUAAAAUCAUAUUCUAAUA